UCCGACCCUGUGAACGACCUGACCGGAAAACCACCAGCAAAGUGGAGCGGAGGCAGGCAGAGGAAAGAUGGCAGCCGCGGCAGUGGCUGAGUUUCAGAGAGCACAGUCUCUUCUUGGAACAGACCGGAAUGCCUCUAUUGAUAUCUUACAUUCAAUAGUGAAGCGGGACAUCCAGGACAGCGAUGAGGAGGCGGUGCGUGUCAAAGAACAGAGCAUCCUGGAGCUGGGGGGGCUGCUGGCGAAGACGGGACAGGCCGCAGAGCUCGGGGGGCUGCUAAAAUAUGUCCGGCCCUUCCUCAACUCCAUCUCCAAGGCCAAGGCAGCCCGGCUGGUCCGCUCCCUGCUGGACCUGUUCCUGGACAUGGAGGCUGCCACGGGUCAGGAGGUAGAGCUCUGCCUUGAAUGCAUAGAGUGGGCCAAGGCUGAGAAGAGGACCUUCCUCAGACAGGCGCUAGAGGCUCGACUCAUCUCACUGUACUUCGACACAAAGUGCUACCAGGAGGCUCUGCAGCUUGGCUCCCAGUUGCUGCAGGAGCUCAAGAAGAUGGAUGAUAAGGCCCUGCUAGUGGAGGUUCAGCUGCUGGAGAGUAAGACGUACCACGCCCUCAGUAACCUGCCCAAGGCCCGCGCAGCCCUCACGUCUGCUAGGACAACCGCCAAUGCCAUCUACUGCCCACCCAAACUACAAGCAGCUUUAGACAUGCAGUCAGGGAUCAUUCACGCAGCGGAGGAGAAAGACUGGAAGACGGCUUACUCCUACUUCUACGAGGCCUUCGAGGGCUACGACUCCAUCGACAGCCCCCGAGCCAUCACAGCCCUCAAAUACAUGCUGCUCUGCAAAAUCAUGCUCAAUGCGCCAGAAGAUGUCCAGGCCCUCAUUAGCGGCAAGCUAGCUCUGCGGUAUGCCGGCAGACAGACAGACUCGCUGAAAUGUGUGGCACAAGCCAGCAAGAACCGGUCGCUGGCAGACUUUGAAAAGGCACUAACAGAGUACAAAGCAGAGCUGCGGGAUGAUCCCAUCAUCAGCACCCACCUGACCAAGCUGUAUGAUAACCUGCUGGAGCAGAACCUCAUCAGGGUCAUCGAGCCAUUCUCCAGGGUCCAGAUAGCACACAUUUCCUCCCUCAUCAAACUCCCUAAGGGAGACGUGGAGAGGAAAUUAUCACAAAUGAUCUUGGAUUCGAAGUUUCAUGGUAUUUUGGACCAAGGUGAAGGCGUGCUGAUUGUGUUUGAUGAGCCGGUGGUGGAUAAGACGUACGAGGCGGCACUAGAGACCAUUCAGAACAUGAGCAAAGUGGUGGAUUCGCUCUACAACAAAGCCAAGAAGCUUACAUAAGAGUGACACCAUCUGUCCUCCUGUCUGGAGUGACGUGGGCCAGUCAGACCUCCGUCGAUUGCUUCACUUCAACCCGGGAGGGACGAGGGGAGAAGGAUGAGGAGAUCACAAAACACUCAACAACCCAGCAAGCAAAACAACCAGCUGCCCCACUGAAGAUGACCCAACAGAACAGCAAACUGACAGGGUGGACUGCCCGCUCCUCCUGGUCCUCCCUCAGCCCUCUGCUCUCCCGCCCCUCCUGUCACUGUCUCUUCCUUCCAAUCUAAUUGGGGUUGAUCAGACACAAAGUGCUCCUCCCUAUGGACAAAUCCAGGCACUGCGCCCUUCUUCUUUUCUCCCACCAAUGAUUUUUACUGUAUGUAAAAUUGGAUGAGCCUCCUUUUCCUUUUUAUUUUUGUUUAGUUUUUUUUGUUAUUUUGGUUCCUGUUUCUCUCUGCGCUGGCCAUCAGGGAAUCUUGUAAAAUACCAGUAAAGAAUACAUAUACAGCACUUAUACAUAAAUGUAUUAUAAACAGACACACACACACACACAAACAUGUUUGAUCUGUUCUCAGAGUGUAAAAAAGGGUGAAGGUGGGUUGGUUGGUUGGUAGGUCUGAAUUCUACCUGCUCUGUUCAAUUUUCCAGCCGGCCCUGAAACCGAACAUUUGAAUUUUAUCUGUUGUUGUGAAAAAUGGACCCCGUGUUGUCCACAGGACAUCAAAACAGCCCCUCUUUCCUUCCCACAACUUUUGCCACCCUCUCCCUUUAACGUUUUCACCCUAAGUGUGCUCACUCGCUCACUCACAAGGCAUUCUGGGAUUUGUGGACCAUACAGGGAAUUGCUCUUCUGUCCACUCGGGACCAUGCCACAGGAAAAGGGGAGAACAGUCAUCACACCAUGCUGGGGUCUCCAAUACCCCCUCCUCUUUCCUCCCCUCUGCACUCCCACCUCCUGUUUGUAUAUAACAUUGCCAAGCGCCUCUGUUCAUCCCAGGCCUGAUGAUGUAUUCACACUGUUCCCCUUUUUUAUAAUCCAUAAGAACAGAGUAUACCUUGCCACUGAGAGCUCGGUCAGUCACAUGAAGAGCUUUUGAGGCUUAAGAUGUGACUGGAUGGUGAACUCUGUGUUCUGAGAUAUGAUGAGUCGGUUGUGCAGAAAAGGGCAGGCUUUGCUGAAGAAAAUAAAGCUGUACAUUUCUGGGAACUUAAUUUUGCAAGGACUCAAAGGUUUACCAUAUAUGACAUAGAGAAAGAAAAAUGCUAAUAAAAAAAGUCAAACCUGCAAGCGGUGUGCUUUUACAACACUGGGAAUAAUUAUCCGUUAACUCUUUAUUGUUACAGCAAGUUUGGUAGUAGGUUGAAAAUGACAUUUAACUUGUUUACUUGCCUGUAGUAAAGUAACUCAACCAAUGAUAUUGGUAAGAACACAGUUCAGUUAAUUAUAAGGCGAGUCUGCUGAGCA